GCGCAUGGCUUGGCAGGCGAGCGUGCCCGAGCUGCACGACCAGCUUCGGUGCCCCAUCUGCCUGGAGGUCUUCCAGGAGCCCCUGAUGUUGCAGUGCGGCCACUCCUACUGCAAGGGCUGCCUGCUGUCCCUGUCCCGCCACCUGGACUCGGAGCUGCGCUGCCCCGUGUGCCGCCGCGCGGUGGACGGCAGCAGCUCCCCGCCCAACGUCUCGCUGGCCCGCGUGAUCGAAGCCCUGCAGCUCCCAGGGGACCCGGAGCCCACGGUCUGCGCGCAUCACCGAAACCCCCUCAGUCUCUUCUGCGAGAAGGACCAGGAGCUCAUCUGUGGCCUCUGCGGCCUGCUAGGCUCCCACCAGCACCACCAAGUCACGCCAGUGCCCACUGCCUACAGCCGCAUGAAGGAGGACCUUGCAGCCUUCAUCUCUGACCUGAAGCAGGAGCAGAAGAAGGUGGACGAACACAUGGCUAAGCUGGUGAACAACAGAACCCGAAUUGUUAACGAAUCGGAUGUCUUCAGCUGGGUGAUCCACCAAGAGUUCCAGGAGCUGCACCGCUUGGUGGACGAGGAGAAGGCCCGCUGCCUGGAGGGGGUGGAGGGCCACACCCGCGGCCUGGUGGCCUCCCUGGACAUGCAGCUGGAGCAGGCCCAGGGCACUCGCGAGCGGCUGGCCCAGGCUGAGCGCAUGCUGCAGCAGUUUGGGGAUGAGAGUCACCAUGAGUUCAUCCGGAAGUACCACUCCAUGGCCUCAAGAGCAGAGCUCCAGCAGGCCCGGCCCUUGGAAGGUACAUUCAGCCCCAUCUCCUUCAAGCCAGGCCUCCACCAGGCCGACAUCAAGCUGACCGUGUGGAAAAGGCUGUUCCGGAAAGUUCUGCCAGCCCCGGAGUCACUGAAACUGGACCCUGCCACAGCCCACCCCUUGCUGGAACUCUCCAAGGGCAACACGGUGGUGCAGUGUGGGCUCCUGGCUCAGCGCCAUGCCAGCCAGCCCGAGCGCUUUGACUACAGCACCUGUGUCCUGGCCAGCCGGGGCUUCUCCUGUGGCCGCCACUACUGGGAGGUGGUGGUGGGCAGCAAGAGUGACUGGCGCCUGGGGGUCAUCAAGGGCACGGCCAGCCGCAAGGGUAAGCUCAACAGGUCCCCAGAGCAUGGCGUGUGGCUGAUCGGCCUGAAGGAGGGCCGGGUGUAUGAGGCCUUCAGCUGCCCACGGGUGCCACUGCCAGUGGCGGGCCACCCACACCGCAUCGGGGUCUACUUGCACUACGAGCAGGGGGAACUCACUUUCUUCGACGCCGAUCGCCCAGAUGACCUGCGGCCACUCUACACCUUCCAGGCUGACUUCCAGGGCAAGCUGUACCCCAUCCUGGACACGUGCUGGCACGAGAGAGGCAGCAACUCGCUGGCUAUGGUGCUGCCACCACCCAGUGGGCCGGGCCACCUCCCACCCCUGCAGCCCACCAAGCUGUAGG